CGAACAGCCAGUUAAGAUUCAGGAUGCACCUCUCUAUCCUUACCGGGGUAUUAUGCUUGACACUGGUCGAAACUUUAUUUCGGUCAACAAGAUAUACGAGCAGCUGGACGGCAUGUCUCUUUCUAAACUAAAUAUUCUACACUGGCACAUGGAAGACACCCAAUCGUGGCCCGUGGAAAUUGACGCCUAUCCGGAAAUGAUUCAUGACGCCUACUCUCCUCGCGAAGUAUAUUCGCAUGCUGAUAUGCGCAAUGUCGUGGCCUACGCGCGAGCGCGUGGUGUACGGGUCAUCCCGGAGAUUGAUAUGCCCAGCCAUUCCGCCUCUGGGUGGAAGCAGGUCGACCCCCAGAUGGUAACCUGCGUGGACUCCUGGUGGUCCAAUGAUAAUUAUGCCCUGCAUACCGCGGUAGAGCCCCCGCCCGGCCAUAUGGAUAUCAUUUACAACGGCACGUAUGAUAUAGUCCGACAGGUCUAUAAUGAGCUGUCUGAAAUCUUCCCAGACAACUGGUUCCAUGUUGGGGCAGAUGAGAUCCAGCCGAACUGUUUCAACUUCAGCAGCUACGUCACUGAGUGGUUUGCGCAGGAUCCGUCGCGAACUUAUAAUGACCUAGCCCAGUACUGGAUUGACCAUGCUGUGCCGAUCUUCCAGAACUACAGUACCUCACGGCGACUGGUCAUGUGGGAAGACAUUGUACUAUCCACAGAACAUGCACAUGAUGUUCCCACGAAUAUCGUGAUGCAAAACUGGAAUAAUGGCCUGGACUAUAUCAAUCAACUGACUGCCAAGGGCUACGACGUGAUUGUAUCAUCAGCGGAUUUUAUGUAUCUGGACUGUGGGAUAGGAGGUUUUCUCACAAGUGACCCUCGCUAUGAUGUAAUGAGUAAUCCCGAUGCAAGCACUCCCAACUUUAACUAUGGUGGCAACGGGGGCUCGUGGUGUGCGCCGUACAAGACAUGGCAGCGGAUCUAUGACUACGACUUCACACAGAAUCUGACCGCUACCCAGGCUCAACACAUUAUAGGCGCAGAGGCACCGCUCUGGUCAGAGCAAGUGGAUGAUGUGACGGUAUCCAGUCUAAUUUGGCCGCGUGCCGCUGCGCUGGCGGAGCUGGUGUGGUCUGGGAAUCGUGAGAACGGGCAGAAGCGCACGACGCUGAUGACCCAGCGCAUCCUGAACUUCCGCGAGUAUCUAGUGGCCAACGGGGUGCAGGCGACAGCCCUGGUACCAAAGUAUUGUGUGCAGCAUCCGCAUGCCUGCGACCUGUACCUCAACCAGAGUGUGAUUCAGUAAAUCGGGGCUGGGAAGAGCAGCUGGCAGCGUAGCAUCUAAG